AUGAAACAUCAUGAUAUGCCGAUUGUGAUAAAUAUUUUUGAACAUUCAAUCAACAAGGAUACAAUUAUUGGAAAAAAGAAAACAUGUUUGUUUAACUUUAUUCAAAGCGAAAUUAUAGAAUCAAACGGAACAAGUGAAAUAUUAUUAAUAAUUAUCAUUGAAAAAAAUAUGUGGAAUAAACUUUCUUGGAUGAAAAUUAUUUUACUCUGUGGAGUCAGUUUCCAGAUUUUCAUGUACAAUGCAAGAGCCGACGGAAACCUGACGGAAACAGCAACCGCAACAUUUCUAAUCAAAGCUAACAUAUAUACAGACGUUAAUGGAACCUAUUAUCAAUGGAAUUCCGACUUGGACAAUAUUUCCUCAAACGAAUAUAUGACAUUGGCUAGCACUCUUUGUAAUUUGACUAUUGAUAGUUUGUCGCUUGGAGAUCCAUUCCUCUCGAAUAGUGCACAAUGUGUUAAAGUUGUUUUCAAGCCAGUUGACAUAAAUUUUCUAAAUCAAAAUGAACAAUCGAUCACAACACAAUCGUCAAUUGAUAAUGUGAAUAGUACUGGUGUUCAAGUCAAUAUUAAUAUAGAAUUGUUUUCUGUAAAUGCUUCACUUAUUAAUGAAUCUACAUUGUACAAUAUUCUAGUCAGUGGUUAUAAUCAGUUGAAUAAAACACUGAAUAUAUUUGUUCAGAACAUUGAGAUAUACAGCAUCUCAACGGAUCGUACGAGCGAGCCAUCCACUCCGCAAACCACCACGUCCAUUCCGUCCGAUCUGUCCACUCGACCUCCCGAAACCACAACAUCAACUACUCCAAGUCAACCACACACCGAUUCAUCAAUCGUCACUAGUGAGUCCAAUCAACAUUUAAAUUAUAGUAAUUUGUUGCACUGCAUGCAUGUGUUUGUGCUGUGA